AUCGGCGUCGCGCUCACGCUGGCGGCGCCACCCGUCGAGCCUCCUCCGAGCGAGGCGGAGUACGAGGCGCACGGGCUGGGCCCGCUGCCCGGCGGCGCGCCGCCCGCACAGCUCUACCUCGACCUGAUGAAGCGGAUCGUCCUCAACCUCUGCUACCAUGAGCAGUCGCACCAAGUCGUGCUCUCCCGCUCACCCGACGAGGGUCGGCCGGCGCCGGAGCUGGCGAGGACCUUCUCGCUGCGCGCGCGGGUGAUGGGCGAGGACGUCUCACUCAACACCCUGUCGAUGGUUGGACUCCGCCGGCUCGACUCGCUCCAGGCGUGCAUCUCCGCACUCGUCGCCGAGGGGAUCGAGGGCGACCUGCUCGAGGCAGGCUGCGCAAAGGGCGGCGCGUGUAUCUUCAUGCGCGCCGCCCUGCGCGCACGGGGACACGAAACGGCGCGUCUACUGCUGCGACGCGUUCGCCGCGCCGCCGCCGCCGCCCUCGCCCCUGCGGGUCGCGCUCGUGCGGCCUUGGUACGUCGCACUUGGCGCGGUUGCCUACCGGCUGCCGCUGUCGUCGCAGCGCUGGCUCUACGGCAAGCUCAUGCCGCACCAAACGGCGUUCCCCUCAAACGUCGGGCACGCGUCGGACGACACUGUCCGCUCCUUCAUGUUUUACCUCACGCACGGCCACCACCUCCGCCCCCCCGGACUCGGGGCGUGCGCCGGCGGCACGCUGCCGCAUGUGCGCUCCAACUUCGCUCGGCUCGGGCUGCUGGACGAGCAAGUCGUCUUCCUGCCAGGCUUCUUCUCCGAGACGCUGCCGACGGCGCCGUUCGCGACGCUCGCCCUGCUGCGCCUCGACGGCGAUCUCUACCCGUCGACCCGCGACGCGCUGACGCACUGCUACCCGCGCCUCGCCGUGGGCGGCUUCUGCAUCGUCGACGACUACUACGCGUUCGAGGAGUGCCGCCGCGCCGUCGACGACUACCGCUCGGAGCACGGCAUCACCGACGAGCUCGUGCGGAUCGACCGCCUCUCCGUCCUCUGGCGCCGCUGCCAGUGAGCCGCCCGUGCGCCGCCGGUCGCGGGCGGUCGGCGUCACGUCUGUUUGGUUCUUGUUUUAUUUGGCUUUUCUGGGGGGUUCGUCUUGCAU